AUUACAGACUCACCUGUAGCCUCGCCGGGUGGAAAGAAGUGUGACAGUGUGAUGAUGAAACGGGAGAUAGCUUUAGGACAAAAGGUGAAGGUAAAGUAAGAUGGGAUUUUGACAACAAGAGUGACAAGACAAGAGAAACAACAGACAAGUAAGAAAAGAAGCUACCAACUUCAUCAACACUCAUCAUGUCAUUGUCCAAGCCGGAAGAACAGCUAGCCUACGAGCUGAGCUGUCCCAUCUGCCUUCAGCUCUACUCUGAUCCGGUGGUCCUCCCCUGCGGCCACAACUACUGUCGAGCUUGUAUCUGGAAGUCCGACGGUGCCUACAAGAAUGACCAUACUCUUCCACGUUGCCCAGAGUGCCGCAAGGAGUAUCAGGGUGUGGAAACCCUGCAGAAAAACUUCAAACUCAACUGCAUCAUUGAGGGUUUCCGAGCCACCGCACCGCAGUUUAACAGGCAGUCUGAGACCAAGCAGCCCGAGACCAAGCAGCCCGAGACCAAGCAGCCCAAGAAGGUGGAGGUUUUCUGCGACCACUGCAUAGAUGAGCAGUUGUUGGCUGUGAAGACUUGCCUCAAGUGUGAGGUGUCGCUGUGUUCCAGGCACUUUCAGAGACACCAAGAGAAGGAGUCGUUCAGGACACACGCUGUUAUCGAGCCCCAGAAUGAGCUGGGGAUGAAGGGCUGUGCCGCCCACCACCGUCCCCUUGAGUACUUUUGCUCCAACGACAUGACCUUGCUGUGCGCCACGUGCUUCAUAGAAGGCCAUCACCAGAACCACGAUGUUCUCACCUUCAGUGCAGCCGAAGAGGAGAUGAGGCGAGCGCUGGAGAGCCGCAGCAAGGUGGUUUCCUGCAGGCUGCAGAUAACUGAGAGUCUCCUACAGAAGACAGCAGAGGAGCAAGGUGCCUCUGAAGCUAUAGGAGACAAACUGGUCAACAAGGCCGUCACUCUCAUGGACGGUAUGGCUGCACUAGUGGACAGGUACAGAGAGCGCCUGCAUGUGCUAUUGGAGGAGGAGAGAGUCCAGCGCAGACAAAGCUGGCAGCUUGGGCUGGGUGCACUCGAAGAGCAACAGCAACAGUUACUGGAGGCCCAGCAGAGUGCUACCCAGGCCCUCAGUGAGACAGACACAUGCAUGUUCAUACACAGGUUCGUGCUGAUUGAUCGUAAACUGAGAGAAGUCGCCUCUGGGGCCAUUCCUUCCCAGAUCCCCUCAAAGGCUCCACUCAACACCAAGCGUCUCCAGGCAGGCCUCAAAACCCAGGACUUCCGCUCAGAAAUGACCCGCCUCCUGGAUUCCAUCCACGUCCUCUUCAACCCCUUGAACCUCACCUUCAACCUCUUCACGGCCCACCCCAGCCUGGUAGUCUCCAAUGAUCUCCGCACAGUCAAGUACAGCCCCACCAAGCAGACGUACGUGGAGCACCCAGAGCGUUUCACAAGCGCAGCCCAGGUUCUGUGCAACCAGGGGUUCUCAGGUGGCGAGCACGUGUGGGUGGUAGAAGUGGGGGCCAACACCAUGUGGUCUGUGGGUGUGUGUUACAAGAGCAUCCCUCGCCGUGGCGACCACAGUCGUCUAGGACACAACUCUGUGUCUUGGCGCUUGCAGUGGAAAAACAGCAAGCUGACAGUGUGCCAGUCUUCCAGUAAUGUGGCACUGGGGGAAGUUACCUAUCAGCCGCUGAGGAUUGAGAUAGCGCUGGACUAUGAGGGGGGGACAUUAGCGUUCCACAGCACCAGAAGCCGUAGGGAGCACCUCCACACUUUCAAGGCUGUGUUCAGGGAGCCAGUUUACCCAGCGUUCAGUAUCCAUUCAAACACACCAGAGUCCUGGAUCACACUGCAAAGUGGGAUGUGAACACAACUCCUCUUGUUGAAUAUUUCAAAUGCAUAGAACUUAAUUAGGUGCUCCAAACUUUCCUUUUUGCUUUCUUUCAAAAGUAUGUAUGAAAAUACAGUAAAAAGUGCAGAGGACAAUUCUGCCAAAGUGGUGCAUUCAUGCGUAAUCGUACUGUAGUGGAGAAAUUAUGUCUUACUCAGAAAUUAGCUUGGAAAAGUGAUGUUGAUCUAUAAUGCCAUGCUAUCAUAAAAAAAGUAUUUAUUAUUAGCUAUCUAGUAUGAUUGCAUUACGGAACUGGAGCAUUUUAAUCACAAGACAAUUUGUUUACAAAACGUAAUUUUAUUCAUGAUUGGUGUGAUUUUUGUGGAGUAUAUAGAUCAAUGCAGGUGUUCAGGGAUUCAGUUUUGUUUUGUUUCCAUUUCUCUGUUCAAGCACUUAUUGUACUGUUAAGGGGGAAAUGGUAAUAGGAUUCCUUAAUUAAGUUUCCUUAAUUGCCCACUGCCCACUAUGCUCAUAUUACGUAAAAAAUAAUUAAAAAUAAGGGACCUUCUAUAUUUAAAUGGCAGACCUGGUUUAUUGAAAGUUAACUGGAUAUCUGUUGAAUGUUUUGUGUUUGUCCUUUAUUUUCUUCAUAUACAGUAAACAUUGAUGUGUGUGAACACUGACUAUGAGACAUGCUUGUGUUAUACCACAA